CUUACAUCCGGCUGCGGCAUGUCGUGGCUAUACAGGCAGUAGAGCAGGGGGCCGAGGACACUACCUUGUGGAACACCAGCUGCCACUUUGUGCUCGGUGGAAAUUGCUUAAUGAAAGCGCACAGCGAACCUCCUUCCUUCCAGGUACGACUUUAGCAAUCCCAAAUAUGGAGCAGGCAGCGUCUGCUUGAUUUUUAGUUGAAGUCCAAUAUGCCACACUCGAUCAAACGCUUCUCGAAUGAAGAGGCUGUUACAAUAUUCCUUACUGUCGUAGGCAGUCAGAAUUUUCUCGACGACCCGAGGGAGCUGCUCGACAGUACAGUGGCCAGCACGAAAACCGAACUGGUGCUCAGGGGUAAUCCCCCGGGCUUCCAUAAUCCUUACAAUCCGGACAGCAAUCAGUCUCUCAAACACCUUAGAAAUUGAAGGGAGGAGACUGAUCAGCCGGUAGGAGGCGGGCUCCCUUUCCGGCUUGCCAGGCUUGUGGCUUGUGAGCACACAUUCGCUGAUUUGUCACCAUUGAUACCAUGUUCCAGCGCCUUGCCCAUUUCGCAAAUGUUGAUGCAAAGUCCUGGAUGCCAUCAGGAGCAUCUUGUUCGAAGCAGGACCUGUAGGUGACACACACGUCAUCUGCAAAUGUUUCCAUCAUUGACGUCCCGGGUAGGCUGGCGUCUGACAGCGGCAUGUCAUAGCUGUACAAACAGUAAAGCAGAGUCCCAAGUACAUUUUCCUGUUGUACUCCGGCUGCCACAUCAUGCUUAUUUGAGAGAGACGAAUGAAAUCGAACUGCAAACCUUCUCUUUUCGAGUUUUAUUUCUCCUGGCCGAUUUCUACCGAUAUACAAAAAACAAUUUGCCCAUGCCUCAACACUGUCAUGCCCACAGUUUUUUACUAUUUGUUAUUUUGUAAUUUAGUUGAGUAACGGGUACAUGAUAGUCGGGAUACCCGACUAUAGCAUUUUCUUAUAUUCCUGUAAUAUUUUUAAGAUUAAUAAUAUUUUAUUCUUUAAGACAAAUGACGCCAUGUUUAUUUUCAGACGAUUUAUCGCUGUUGGGAGAAGUGACUGAAAAUAACUACGACAAUAAUAUUGUACACGACAUUCUGAACUCAUCAGCAUUCUACAAUGAUACAUCGUUAGAUCUAAGUGAAUUAAUACCUGAUCUUCAAAAAGAAGCCUUUGGAUUGCAUUUCUCGUCAAACCCAAUAACUUCAGAAUUUAGCUUGAGUUCCCCGAUUUCUGGUUUGAAACAAAUUCCUUCAGCGUGUUCUGGUGAAUUUAAAAGAAAUGUAAAUGACAAUAAUUUUCAAUUGGAUCUUACCAACAGUAGAAAUGAUUUACCUGAGCCUAAUUCGUCUCCCACAAGAAGCUUAAAUCGUUCAAAUGUAAAUGGAUGUUCUAACGAAGAGGCGGUCUAUCCACUCUUAGUCGAUUCAGAUAAGUUUGAUCCAUUUUUUGAACCUGCUAAAGUUCGGAGCCCCAACAAAGAAUUCAACAGCACGAUUUCUAAUCUAUCAGAUAUAAAAAACGAACUUCCGGAAACUUCCCAAGACUUGGGUUUUAAUUCAUAUAACACUUCAAGGAAUAAUUCAACUUUAACCAAAAGCUGGCCAAUAAAUACUGAGCUGAAUCUAGAUAAUCAAGUUCCAAAAACAGUUUUACCUUUGUCAAGGACAAUUUAUUUACCUUCACAUGAUUACAAAGGGCUUUUGCCAACAGUGAAAUGUAACGGUGAUAGAACCUUAAAGAAAAAUGUUAAUGUCAGGUCUAAGAUUUCUAAUAUCGUUAUUAAGAAAAAAAAUGCAACUUUUAUACAAUCAUUGAAAGAAAGCACUCCAUCACAUACAAUGGAUGAUAAGAUCUACAAAAAAUAUCAACGUAUGAUUAAGAACCGAGAGUCUGCUUCCUUAUCACGCAAAAAAAGAAAGGAGUAUGUUGUUUCAUUAGAGACUCGAAUAAAUAAACUUGAAAAAGAAUGCGAUUCCCUAAAAGCUGAAAAUAUAACAUUACGGGAUCAGAUAUUUCUGCUUGCCACCUCUUGUCAGCGUGAAUCUGGAAAUGCAAAUGGUCUUUUACAUAACUAUUCAGGAUCUGAACGAAGCGAAAAUAAAAACGGAAGAUUUACAUCAAAGGCAAAGCAUUGCAAUAAAAAUAAUACCACAGCAACCAUUAAAAAAAAUGUAGCUAUAUUAUUUGCUAUGGCUUUUGUGGUAUCUCUAAACGCUGGAAAUUUUCAAAAGUAUCUCAACAUACCAAAUAACUUGGAAGGUAAAAGUGAGAUUGAGCCUGUCGGAAAACAAUUAAGCAUGUCCAAUCGACGGUUACUAUGGGCUGAUUCAGAGGAGGAAUAUAAAGAAAAAAACAAUCUAAGUACAUUUCUUUCAGGCAAACAGAAAGAACCGUCUCUAUAUUUCUUAAAUUCUGGUAUACGCAACCACAAAAUCAAUUCUUUUGAAAACAUUACCAAAAAUGUAUCUCAUACUUACUCAUAUAAUGAACCUCCACCCUUAACAUAUUUAAGUACACGAAACUGUAUAAACAGGUGCAGGUCCCAUAAUGGUUCUUCCAAUCAAUCAAAAUACUUUAUGCUCGCUCAAAAUUUGCAUAAAUGGAUUAGCGGCACUUUAAACGUGUCUAAUUUUUCAAAGGAAAAAGAGGAUUCAAAUGGUUUUGAAUUUUUUAAUAAUUAUUUUGAGGAAAAACGUGACAUACACAUCAAACACGAAAAGCGAAAAAUGUUUAUUGAUUUAAAUGAUUACACAUCUGUUUUGCCAGAAAAACAGCAAAAACUAAACAAUACGAAAUCUUUUGAAAAUAUGCGCGAACAAAUAAAUGUAAUUAGUAAAAUUGAGAGAAGGGAUGAUACUUUUUACGUAUUUUCAUUUAAUAUGGAUCAUGCACUACUUCCAGCAUUAAGUUACAACAGUAGUUAUCGCCCAAAAUUGUCGUUGGUACUUCCCUUAGAAAAUCCGGGAAUUAACGGUAAAAUGAAAAUGAUCCAAGUAGACUGUGAAGUAUUUAAUACAAAAGACUUUGAAGUUAGUCAUCAUUUGUUUCCAGCUAAACUUCGUCAAAACGUAAUUCCACGGAAGCCCAACAAGUUAAAUAUAAAAAAAAGUAGUACUGAAACGCCAGUUAGCAAAACCCAAAGAGUGCGUAAUUUUUACAAGGUGGGCUCUAGAAAUCAAGCUACCGUCGCAUCUAGUUUUAAUAAGGAAACAAAGUUUAUCAACUAACUAUCAGCCUUAUCUUGUUGUACAGUAUUGACAGGUAUGUGACAGGUAUAAGGAAGCUUUACCGACCUUUGAAAGUGUACAUAUUCUUAUACCCGUUACUAGUAAAGUAAAAGGGUAUACUAGACUUGUUGAAAAGUAUGUGACAGGCAGAAGGAAGCGUUUCCGACUAUAUAAAGUAUAUAUAUUCUUGAUCAGGAUCAAUAGCCGUGUCGAUCUAGCUAUGUCCGUCUGUCCGUAUGAACGUCGAGGUCUCAGGAACUAUAAAAGCUAGAAGGCUGAGAUUAAGCAUUUAGAUUCUAGAGACAAUGACUCAGCGCAAGUUUGUUGACCCAUGUUGCCGCCAAACCGGUCACAACCACACUUUGCUUCGAUUUUUACAUUUUUUAUUUUCAUUUUAUUUCCCAAUAUCUAUCGAUAUCCCAUAUAAAUGAUGAUGUUUCGCGUUCGCAUUCACACUAGCUGAGUGUAAGGGGUAUCUGAUAGUCGGGUAAUUCGACUAUAGCAUUCUCUUUUGUCUUUGUUUCUGUAACACUUAGAAACAUUUUUGUGUUGUAAAUUUAUUGAGGCAUAAAUUCUUUGUAAACUUUUCAAAAAUAAAUAAAUGUUGACCUAUUAUAAGUUUUAUUAAUUAAAACAGCCUAUGUGAGAGAUGUAGUUUUGUAAAAUACGUGAGCAAUAAAGUACAAAAUUAAAAAGCUGAAUAAAUAAAUAAUUGUAACGAAAAUG